AUGGUUAUUGAAAAAAUUUGUUGCUUGGGAGCGGGCUACGUCGGUGGGCCUACCUGCAGUGUGAUCGCUUUGAAAUGUCCCAAUAUUAAGGUGACUGUAUGUGAUAAAAGUGUGGAAAGGAUAAAUCAGUGGAAUUCUGACAAACUGCCGAUAUAUGAGCCAGGGUUGGACGACGUCGUGAGACAGUGUCGAGGUAAAAAUUUAUUUUUCUCGACUGACAUAGCACAAGGAAUUCAGGAAGCCGAUUUGAUUUUUAUAUCAGUGAAUACUCCUACUAAGACAUUCGGGAACGGUAAAGGGAGGGCUGCAGAUUUAAAGUACGUUGAGAGUGCAGCCCGUAUGAUAGCUGAUCUAGCCACAAGUAACAAAAUUGUUGUUGAGAAAAGCACAGUUCCCGUCAAGGCUGCUGAAAUUAUUAUGAAAAUACUCAGAGCAAACACAAAACCAGGUGUGAAUUAUCAAAUUCUAUCUAAUCCAGAAUUCCUGGCAGAAGGAACUGCUAUUGUCGAUUUGAUCGAAGCUGAGAGGGUUUUAAUUGGUGGUGAAGAUACUCCGGAUGGUCAGAAAGCUAUUCAAGAGCUGUGCUGGGUAUAUGAGCACUGGAUACCAGCAAAGAAUAUUCUUACAACAAAUACUUGGAGUUCCGAAUUGUCUAAACUUGCUGCUAAUGCUUUUCUUGCACAGCGUAUAUCAAGUAUUAACUCUUUGUCUGCUGUGUGUGAAGCAACAGGAGCCGAUGUGUCCGAAGUAGCAAGAGCAGUUGGCCGCGACUCCCGUAUUGGUCCAAAAUUCCUUGAAGCGUCCAUUGGCUUUGGUGGCAGUUGUUUCCAAAAAGACAUUUUAAACCUUAUAUACUUGUGUGAGUGUUUAAAUUUGCCUGAAGUAGCAGCAUAUUGGCAGCAAGUCCUCAACUUGAAUGAUUACCAGAAGAUAAGGUUUACCAGAAAAGUUAUAGAAUCUCUAUUUAAUACAGUUACUGAUAAAAAUAUAGCUGUUUUAGGCUUUUCGUUUAAGAAAAAUACAGGGGACACAAGAGAAUCACCCGCAAUUUACGUAUCGCAAACUCUCUUGGAUGAAGGAGCAAAACUAAAUAUUUAUGAUCCAAAAGUAGAGCCAGAUCAGAUUAUGUACGAAUUAACAAAUCCAUACGUAACCUCUGAGCCAGAAAUAGUUAAAAAAAAUGUUGAAAUCCACGAUACCGCAUACUCGGCUGUCACUGGUGCUCAUGCCAUUGUACUCUGCACCGAAUGGGAUGAGUUUAAAACGUUAGAUUUCCAGAAAAUAUAUGAGGUGAUGAUGAAACCGGCAUACAUUUUUGAUGGAAGAAAGAUUCUCAAUCAUGAGAGACUGCAGAACAUUGGUUUCCAUGUACAGACUAUUGGGAAGAGACUGAACAGGAUGCCCAGUAAUCGUGCCCAGGGAAGUCAGACGAUGCCAUAA